UGUCUAUCUUUCAGUUCAGAAGAAGGGAGGCACCCAGCUCAAACUGCUCUUAUCGUUCUCGAACCACGGAGAAGCUCUGCUGAAACCCAUGAGACAAUCCCGAGACGCCGAGACGGACGCGAACCUCUUCUACUUCUCCGACUUUGAGAGACACAACGCGGAGAUCGCUGCCUUUCACCUGGACCGAUUGCUGGGCUUCAACAGGAUCCCUCCAGUCGUUGGCCGACUCAUCAACGUCACCUCAGAGGUCAGAGAGAUUACCACUGGCAAAGCGCUGUCUCGGACCUUCUUCACUUCCCCUGUGGGGAACGUGUGUUUCUACGGCCAGUGUGAGUACUACUGCACCACGGAGCACCCGGUGUGCGGUCGUCCACACCAGCUGGAGGUCUCCCUGGCUGCCAUGCUGCCUGACCUCAGCCUGGCUCCUCGCAGGUCCUGGAGGUCGCCGUGGAGACGCGCCUACAGCCGCACCAAGCAGGCAGCGUGGGAGAAGGACCCGGCCUACUGCGACACAGUGAGGCGGAAGCCUCCUUACAGCCACGGCACCCGACUGCUGGACCUCAUAGACAUGGCGGUGCUCGACUUCCUCAUGAGUCAGUGUCUGCCUUUCUUUUUCUUUUUUACUCGUCAUCCAUUUUCAGCACCACAUGCCAUUAUUAAUGACGCUUUGGCCGUCACUCCCUGGAUGAGCCGUCCAUUCUUGUUCCUCUGCAGCAGUGUUGCAGGAUCCGUCGCUCCACCCUCCUCCGCUUGCGCCUCUUGUCCCUCCCUGGCUUCCGUCUGAGCGACGCCAUGCGCGAGUCGCUGCUCGGGGACCCUCUGGCGGCCGUGGCCCCCCUCCUCUCCGAACCUCACCUCUCCGCUUUGGACCGGCGCCU